ACCUCUGCGUGAAGUCAGCAGCACCCCAACACAAAUUCACAGUUCAGUUAUUAUUAUUAUUUUCAUGAAAAACGCGAACACCGCGUGGGCCCUCAACAGCCUAAUUCAGCUGGGAAACCGGCGAGCAAGCCCCACCAUUGUAACACGCGGUUUGGCCAGUCUGGUGACACUACAGGCCUUGAGGCAUAGGCCCAAUUUCUUGAUUUCCUCUUCCCCAAACGACAACGCAACGCCCCGGCGGGUUCUUCUCUUACUUCCACGACGCUCGGGGUUGGUAGGGAUUGAGAUAAGUAAUCGGCGCCUCACCUACAAACACGCUUCAGGGGAAAACUACACAUUGAAAUCACGCCUGCUUAGUCAGUACAUGGAUGUCCGAGGGUUUGGAGCGAUGGGACGAGUGCCCGGGCUAAUGCCGCAAUACCCGCAACUACUGCUACAUACAAAUCACCUUAUUGCCUAUCAUCUGAAAAGCAAGACCGUAUUUCCAGCCUAUGUCCAUAGCCUACGAGAGCUGAGCACUCUCAGCUCACGUGUGGUAAGAACCCUUGAUCCCCAGCAAUGCGUGUUAUGCGGUAGAUACUUUGAGUGGGAUAAUUGGCGCGAGGUCAUCCUAGAACCCGGUUGGGAAACUUUCCUAGCACAAGAGGAUGCAAUAGAGGAUGUAGUCUGUGGGCGAGUCAACAUUGAUGAAAUAUUUUCACUCGUUAGAGAAGUGAAAUGUUGUCUAUAGAUGCACAUAGAUCACAAAAUGUGACAAAGUGCAAGUUUUUGUCUUUUAUUCAUGAGCUUCAUCAAUACGAUGAAAGGAAUAAAAAGACUAAUUAUUUGAUAGAAAUUAUUACCAUAGAUACGAAUACUAGAAUUUAUAUAACAGAGCCCACAAAAAUUGCUAUUUCUACUCGAUAGAGUAAUGUUAUUUUAGCCUCUCUAUCUCUCUGUGUAAAAUACUCAGUCAACCACUGUACGAGAGGAUGAAAAAAAAAGCA